AUGGCUGGUUGUUUUUGUUCUUCGUUGGGUAGUGAAUCUCAUGAACAAGUUCGUCACCAAACGGCCAAAGUUAUUUCUAUUCACGGUGAUCUUCGCGAAUACUAUCUUCCUGCCUUCGUUUCUCAAGUUCUUCAGGCUGAAAUUGCGUCCUCAUCUUCAUCUUCGUCCUCUUCAUCUUGGUUUCUCUGCAACUCCGACCUUCUAUUCUACAAUGAAUACAUUCCUGUCUUGAAUUCGGAUGUCCCUCUCCAAUCUGAUCAGAUCUAUUUUGUGCUUCCUAAAUCAAAGCUUCAGCACAAGCUAACCUCUUCAGAUAUGGCAGCUUUGGCUGUCAAAGCUAGCUUAGCCCUUAAAAACUCCUCCAAGAAGGGCUCCCGUCGCGGCAAGAAUGCCCGGAUUUCUCCUGUUUUGUUAGUUAAUCCGGACCAUGACUACCAGGAACAUAAUGCUGUCAAGAAUAUCAGUUUUGAUCCGAAGCCAAAGCCAGCUGCAAAUCCACAGGUGAAACAACAACCAGCUGUUCCCAUUGGGAUUUCCAGAUCAGCUUCUGAGGCUAAGCCCAAAAUUGUUUUUCAUUGGAAUCGCCGACGAAAAAAAGGAAAGGGGAUGAGGUUGAGGAAAAGGCAAAAAGCUACUGCCUGCGUGCUACGGGCUACAUCACAAACAACAAAGAAAGGGGGGCCUGGGUCAAAUGCAAAAGUGAUCGAGGAGAAAUAUUUGGAUCGGAGCUAA